GUAUCUUGCUUCGGUAGCAAGUUUGAAAUCAAUUUCUUCAUUUUUUUUUUGAUAUCAAACCAGAAAUCUAUCGAUCUUUCCUUUCGAAUCGGAAGCUAUGAGCAGCGAGAACGACGAUGCUGCUCGCCGCAAGGCGGCCAUUGCUGACUACCGGAAGAAGCUGCUGACUCACAAGGAGCUUGAUGUCCGGGUUCGAUCUGCAAGAGAUAAUCUAAGGGCUACAAAGAAGGAGUAUAAUAAAACAGAGGAUGAUCUAAAGUCGCUUCAGAGUGUUGGACAGAUAAUAGGCGAAGUUCUGAGGCCCCUCGAUAAUGAACGCUUGAUAGUUAAAGCCAGUAGUGGCCCAAGAUAUGUGGUUGGGUGCCGCAAUAAAGUGGAUAAGGAAAAACUUACAGCAGGAACUCGGGUAGUUUUGGAUAUGACUACACUUACGAUUAUGCGAGCUCUCCCUCGUGAGGUAGAUCCUGUUGUGUAUAACAUGCUUCAUGAAGAUCCUGGGAAUGUUAGUUAUUCUGCUGUUGGUGGGCUGUCAGAUCAGAUCCGAGAACUGAGAGAAUCUAUAGAAUUACCUCUAAUGAAUCCUGAGCUCUUCAUAAGAGUUGGCAUCAAGCCUCCCAAGGGUGUACUUCUGUACGGGCCUCCUGGAACCGGAAAAACGUUGUUGGCCAGAGCGAUUGCUAGUAACAUUGAUGCCAAUUUCUUAAAGGUAGUAUCAAGUGCUAUUAUUGAUAAGUACAUCGGUGAGAGUGCGAGAUUGAUUCGGGAAAUGUUUAAUUAUGCUCGUGAUCACCAACCCUGCAUCAUAUUUAUGGAUGAGAUUGAUGCCAUUGGUGGACGCCGUUUCAGUGAGGGAACAAGUGCUGACCGUGAAAUCCAGAGGACACUUAUGGAGUUGCUAAACCAACUUGAUGGAUUUGAUCAGCUGGGGAAGGUUAAAAUGAUAAUGGCGACCAACAGACCCGAUGUCUUGGACCCUGCACUUCUUCGUCCUGGUCGCCUGGACAGGAAAAUAGAGAUACCAUUGCCGAAUGAACAGUCAAGGAUGGAAAUUCUGAAAAUCCAUGCUUCUGGGAUAGCCAAACAUGGUGAAAUUGAUUAUGAGGCUGUUGUUAAACUGGCUGAAGGGUUUAACGGGGCAGAUCUUCGUAACAUCUGUACCGAAGCUGGAAUGUCUGCAAUUCGGGCAGAACGUGACUAUGUCAUUCAUGAAGACUUUAUGAAGGCUGUAAGGAAACUGAAUGAAGCGAAGAAGCUGGAGUCAAGUGCUCACUACAGUACUGAUUUUGGGAAGGAGUAGAUUUUGAAAGAGGGUAGACAUGUAUGAUUGUUCAUUCUCUUUUCAUUCGAAGAAACCAACACCAACGACCAAAGUUCCCUUCCAUAUUUAAUUUGUUGCCCUUAAUUUGGAUAUGUAUUAGAUUUUACUCAAAUGCUUGAAAGAACUGCAUGAA